AUGUUACCCCCUUUUCCCCGUGAAAGUAGUCCAGCCCGGACCUCCACUUGUGCGGCAGGUGGGAGAAUGGUGCAGCAGUUGGCGCUGCGUCCGCUGGGGGCGCUGAUGGCCCUGGUGGUGGCGACGGCCGCCUGCUCCAACGCGGCGUCUGCCUACCCUGUGUUCGGCACCAAGCGCUACGGGCGCGGCACGGCGCCGCGACUUCCUCCACGCCGCCGCCGCCGCCACCGCCGCGGCCGCGGUUCGCCGCCUGCGAGCGUGCCCGCGCCGAUGCUUGCAGUCUUUUCCGCCGCACGCGCAGACCCCACACGGCGUAUGGCAUUCCCGCGCCUGCCCCAGUUACUACAGAGUGCUGAUUCUAUCUUGGAUGAAAUUCCUGAUACUAUCAAAGAGCCUUUUCUUGGCUCUCUUGGUGUAAAGAAACUGAAUAACUACAUCACCGAACCAGUCAUGACCUACCCGUAUCCAAGAGAAUACGCCGACAGCCCCGACUAUUAUUACGGUGAACCAACAUUUGCGAGUUAUCCGUAUUAUUAUCCCAGCAGCAGUAAGUACGCGCCAGUAUAUCACCAUUCUUUGAUGCCCUAUUACUACGGUAGUGCUCAGCAGCGCCCAUACGCGGCCUACGGGUAUGAAGAGCCUAACGAUCCAGUCGAUGACCUUGAAGAAGAGAUUCAGCUGGAGGAAGAAAGGGAAGAGCGUGAGGAAGCGCUCCCUAUUGGACAAGAAACCUGGUUCGAAAACUCCUCCCCUCACCAAAGCACACAGCUGCAACAGCAACAGCAGCAACAAGAUAUGGCGGACGUCAACGCCAUUUUCCUCCAAAACCUCAUCCUGAGCCAGAUGUAUAACGAUGCAAUUGCCCGUGGUGUCCAUCCCAUGUACCAAGCUCCCGACCCGCGCUACGCCUACGGCUACGCCAUGCAGGAGGAAGACCCCGCCGAGCAAGAAGGCUGGGUGUACGGAGACAUCCGCGCCCACGCCGACCCCGACUACUACCGCUCCGACCGCGAUUCCGAGGACGAAGACGUUCGCGCGCUCAAGUCGCUCGUCAAGAAGGACCAGACCAGCAAGUUCCUCAACACUCUGAAGCCCGUCGCGGCGGAAGGCUACGACACCGAACUCCCCUUGGAAGGCGGGAGCUGGGUGAAGCCCGACGAGCAGGAGGACCGCGCCGACGACUACGCCGACGAAUACCGUCAAGCCCGCCCGCUCGACAAGAAGCAACCCGAGUACGGCGAGUGGGUGCCUCAGAAGGACAUCACCCUCAACUUCUCCGACCGCAAAAGCACGGGCUUCCAGCGCGUGGCCAAGAACGACGCGAGCGUGUGGGCCAACCAGCUGCCGGCUGCCGAGGACGAAACCACCUCCACCACCACAACCACCACCACCACCACCACCACGGCCGCGCCGCUCACCCCCACGGCCCCCACCGAGCAGCCGGCCUUCGACCGCAAGAAGGGCAUGAAGGAGGUGGCGCUGCCCCGCCCGGCCACGCCCGUGCGCCACCGCGCGCCGCCGCCGCCGCCGCUCGCGCUGCCCGCCUUCGUGCCCGCCGCCCACAGCCAGAAGCCCCGCCACGCCCAGUCCGUGUACGAGACCAUCAAGCAGCUCAUCAACAUGCAGGAGAAGCUGCGCGGCAAGGACGAGCGCCCGUUCGACGACGAGGCUGAUGCGGCCGGCGCCGCCGCCGCCGCCGAGAGCAAUAUUCAUCCUAAUUUGUAUCCACGAGAACGAGUGCUCGAGCGAAUUUUAAUGCAGAAACGCUCCAACACAGAAGAGAUGCAGCCUCGACAGUUUAAGAGAUUUGUCUCCAAUGAAGAGGCGCUGGUUGAGGAGCUGAGCGGUUUGAAGAAAAUGUCUGCAUAAGCUGCAGACCCCGGUUCGCCCUAUGACGUCAACUAUGAAGCGAAGAGGUCAGUACUUUGCCCAACCCCUAAUGAAAUCCUUAUCCAUCUGACUGCGGACCCAUACCUCGGAUGAACCGGAGGAGCAGAGGAUCUUUUUGAAGAAGGUUCUCGUUUUGGAAAAAAAGAGGUCAAUAUUGACGAGGAGAGAGUUGUGUACCUUCAUAAUAUCUUUGUAAAUAGAACUUUGGUGUAGGGAAGUUGUUUAGAGGUAGAAGAAAGGAUUUUUUUCUGGAUUUUGCAGGUCUCUUAAUUUUGUAGAAGGAAGCUACCCCAUAGGUAUUGGCAAGUGUUAUCUAAAUUUAUUUUUCGCUGAAAUGCAUUUGGGAAUUUCACUUGUGCCACUGCCAGUAAACAUGAAAUAUCCAUUCGGUAGCUUUGCUGUGAGUUGAAAGAGCCUGCAAAAUGUUUGAUGAGGAAGACUUUUCCCAACGCGGAAGGAUAGGUAUAAAUGCCAAUGUAAAGAUAUAUGUUAAAAUAAGGCCUAAUAUUAAAGGUGUCGGAGAGUACAAAGUAUUACAAGGCUCAAAAAUAUGUGGAUGAAAGUGGUGCUGUUUUUGACUGUGGUGUUAGGGUUCAGACAUAAAUUAAUUUAUUUUUUGUGUUGACAACUUCACACAAAUACUGCUACAAAAAAUUCAAAAUUACUUAAAUAUAUCAUAUUAAAUAAUGUAUCAUUUAGAUUAAUGUAUUCAGAGAUGUAAAUUAUAUUUCAGUAUGAUAACACACGUUUGACAAGAGUUAUGUCUGAACUCAACGUAUAGUCAGGUAGACCUCCUUUUUGCAACUUGCCCAAACAUUGUAUCCUAAGUCUGAUGUAUAAACCCUUAUCAUAUACAUUGGACUUAGAGGAAGUGAAGUAAAAUUCUGUUAAAUUGUUUAAAUGUUCUGGAUUAGAAAAUGUCUGUUCAAUUGUAUAUUACUACUUUGUAAAAAUAGUUAUAUUUUAACAGUAUUUUGCUUCCACAGUAAUAGUUUUGCGGCACUGGUUGAAUCAGUUGGCAGCCAUUUUGCCGAUUCAUCCGAGGGCAAAUUCAACACAUAAGCGGUCACUUUGGACAUUCUCAUUAGUGACGUGUAGAGAAAUACAUUUUGAAUUUCUUAAGACGAUACACUUAUCGUCCCCAAUGUAGAAACCCAUAAAGAUAGGAAGUUCUGAAUUGAAAAUACGAAAUGCAUUUCCUUUAUAUUAAUCGAUCGUAAACAUAGUAGAUAAAUGGCUUUACUUAACAUUACCGAAGACUGAAUUCAGCGGCAGUGACUGAUAGUUUACUUAAUGUGUGCAUUGUUGAAGUUUACAACGUAAUUUAAACUAGUAAAGAAACUUGUUUAUACAAUACGCUGGCUUGAGAUUUCCUGUGUGAUCCGACUGGAUUUCUUCUGAAUCAUUAAUUUCGAAAAACAAUAGGUCAAAGAUACCCCGUUAGUCACCCAGAAUUUAUAAUGUUAGGUCUUGAAGGACGCUCAGGGACACGUGCCUCCUCAGGCGCUGUGAAGAUCAACAUUAGCUGACAUUUUUGGACAAAAAUAACAGAUUCAUAGGUGGUAACCAAAUAAGCAUGGAAAUCUCGACAAAAAUUCAGAAAAUACAAAAUAGUCAGGAAAUAUAUUUUUGGCUUUUAGCCCUUGGAGUUGUGUACGGACAUGAGCAUUUUUAAACAAAUAAUUCAAAUUUUGUUCGCCCAAAACACAAAUGCUUUAAAAGAACUUACCAAGAAAUAAAAUUUUGUUAAAUCGUAAUAGAAAAAUAAAGAAAUAUUUAGAUAUCGCAGCGUGUUUUGACAUUGUAAAUCACGAAUUAUAAUUUUUAACGAGUUAUCGUGCUGGUGUGUAAUUUUUCUUGUUUAAACUACACUAACGUGACUAAAAUUUAACAGUAAUUAUCUAAACUUGGCGAGUCUAUGGCAAUUUCUUCUCGUGUAUUUUAUAAUCAUGA